AACAUCAUCCUCUAUUUGAGAUGAUAAGCCAUCUUAAAAAAAGCCUCCACACUCACUGACCUCAAAUCUCCUCCAAUGGCGUCCAUUUCCGUUUCACUCUUGUUCCCUUCAGUCUCUACCCCACCAAAUGCAAAAUCGUUUCCCCGAUCCAUUUCCACAAUCUGGGUCUCCAAGACCACCCGGGUCAACUCCACAACCCGAACAGGCGAAGCCUCCAUGAGCAUAGACAACCUUAAACGGUUCUUCGACCUCAACGUUGGCAACUGGUCCGGUUCUUUCCACCAAUUUGAUGGUACUGGAAAUUUGAUGCAAAAAAUUCGUACAAAGCUUUCUGUCAAUACUUAUGGAGAAGAUGAACUCAUUAGUCUCAUUCAAACGCUGUACAUAAAACAACCUCCAUCAAGCACGUUGAUUUCUGGAUACGAAGAGGAACCAGAAUGGGCUGAAUACAAAAUCAAAGAAACCAACAUGUUCACUGUGGACAAAUACCAACAGAUUGGUUUUUUUCCCAAUGAAAGGGCUUUUUCAUUGAGAUAUCAGACUGCUGGCAUGCUGGAAACCGUUUUAAGGCAAGGUGUGUUGGGGGAAGAUGACAUUGGAGAAGAAUCACCCAAAAAUCUUAAGCUUCCUUCUUGUCGGCCUGCUAUCGUAUGUGAAAAUUGCUUAUAUUCUCAAGAGAGAGAUAGGAGAGCAAGAGCAUUUCAUAUCAUGGAUCCAAGAGGGAAUUUGGAUAUGCUUAUUAUCUUCCUUGAGGACAGAGAUAGUGAAGAUUUUCCAUCUUCACUUGACAGUGAUGUGAAGAACAUUGACAAAAUUGUACCAUUUCUUGGUAACUGGAAAGGCCAUUCUAUAACGAAGCGCAGUGGAGUUUAUGGAGCAACAAUUGAUGAAGCUGAUACGGUUGCUUUACUUGAAAUGGAUGGCAAGGGUCAGUUAAUUCAGGAUUUUUCUUCAACAUCUGAUGGAAAAGCGGUUACGACUAAUGUGCACUGGACAGGAACGAUGUUGGACAACCUUGUUACAUUUGAUGGAGGCUACCAAUAUACGUUUUUGCCAGGAGGCAUGUACAUGGGAUGGCCUUGCGAUAUUGCAAAGAGUGUUGCAGAGUCGAAGUCAUUCCAUUUGGAGUUUGGUUGGGUUGAAGCCCCUGGUAAGAGACAAAGACUGGUUCGAACCUAUGAUGUUGAAGGCUUGGCUGUUUCAUCAACUUAUUUUUCUGAGAUCAAAUUUUGAGUUUCACCCACAUCAUUGUACCUAGUUUUCUUCUGUUGAAUGAGAGAUCCAUUUUUGAGAAAGCCAACUGAUGUAGUAUUUACCUUCCAUUAAUUGAUUGAGUUGUGAGGAUAGGAAUUUGUUUAAACAGAAAUUCAAAGGUCCAUUGGUGUAAUUUUUCUCCGUCUGUGUGAAUGGUCUCUUUAUCUUUUCUGACCCCUAGCUGGGGAUUUUCAAUAAUAUAAUGAAAACUAUGUAUGCAUUCUUGGAUAUGAA